UUAAUUGAAACUUGGUUAUUUCAUAGUAAAAAGUUAAAUGGAAACGAAACAAAGCAUCAACUCUUGGCAGGUGAUCACUAAACAGCUUUUGAUACGGUCAAUAGAAUGAAUACUUGAAGCACGAUUCCCAGAGAUGGCAGCAAGGCUAGACAGUGUAGAUAGUCCCAUGAAUUAUCCAUUUCGGAAAAAUUUCUCCGGAAAAUUUGGUCUGAAAAGAGACCUUAAGAGUUUUCCAGACUUCAACAAAACAAGCAAGACUAAUUACUUGCAGCUGAGCUUUAAUAUCUCUCCUCUGAGCUCAAAAGUCAGUCCUAGAGGGGAAUCUCAAAAGAAAUGAGAUAGCCAGAAAGAUCUAAAAACAAUAGAAACAUGGAACAUUUCCCUGCUGAUAAAUGAAAACUAUAUAGAUGACGAUCAGAGUCUAAUAAAUUGCUAUUCGAAAAUUCUGACAACCAUCCAUUCGAAGGUUGCUAAGCUGCCUUUAGGAGAAUUUGUCAAUACUACAGGAAAGAGACUAGGAGAGCUCCAACAUAUCCUAAAUUAUCAGCUAAAGCCUGAUUUUGUACCAUCUUCAGACACUGUAGAAAAUUUAUCAUCAGGAUGAGGAAUAGCUGCAGUAGAAUCUAGAACAAAAUCGACUGAAUUUAAAUUUAAUAUCGGCUUUGGUUACAUCAACUUUGAAGUAGAAUAUAUAUCUUUAAAAUCAUUGGCUAGAAUCAAUCGGUACUUAGCAAAAGGGUUUGACCCAGCAUAUUCUAGGGUGGGUGAAAGCACACUUGAUCGUGAUUAUCCUAAUGAAUGAUCAAAUUCACCCCCUUCCUCAAAGGAUUUGAAAGAGGAUAAGUUUGUUGCCCUUGAUGAAUCAGAUGACUUUGUACUGAUCACUACCUCUGAUAAUAAUAUUGAUAUCAAAGCUGAUAAAUGCAAAUACCAGAAUUCGCGCCAAAAUGAAGAGUCUAAAAUUUCACCUUCAGGAAAAACAAGGGAAAGAGGGAACGAAGACAACUAUGAAUUUGGUGGGGACAUCUUAUUCAAGAAUAAAAAUCCUCCUCUAUAUAAUCCUCAUGAAGGACCUCUAAAGAAUGAGGGGCAACUAAGAAAGAGGAUAAACUCAGAUACUACCGCUUGCUCGAGAGUUAGAAAUAUGUUGAGCAAGCUCAAGCUUUUUGAGAAAGAUAAAAAGCCGGAAAUUUUUGAGAGAAAACAGUUUGAGUUCAAAAAUAUAGUAUCCCCUACCUAUAUUGAAAAUUUGGUUAUUGAUGAAGGAUACUUUGGAAUUAAGGAGGAGUCAACCAAGAAAGAAAAGACUAUUCAUGAUGACUUUGAAGAUGAAGAUUUCAAUCCUUUCAGAGAAUCCGCCAGAAAAAUGUCAGACGCCCUGGUGUCACCAAAUUCCAACCAAGGUCCGACAUUUAGAGGGUUAAGAGAAUUCAGAACUUCCAUUGAUGGAAAUGAUCCAAUCACUAAGAAUGAGUUCGGUGGAAGGGAUGAUCAGAUGGAAAAUAAACACAGAAAAUUCACUCUCAGCUUCAAAGAGGACGAUAAGAAGUUCCAAGGAGUUGAUGAAUCCUUUGUAAAAUUAGAAGAAGAAAGCUCUAUACCUUUUAAACUUGAUAAGUUCAAAAAUAAAGAGGCAAUCAUUAAAGACCAAGAAGAUUAUAGCAUUAACGCAGAGUGAGGAGAUGAAUUCGAUGCAAUUGAUUUAGCUGAUUUCAUACCCCAUAUUGAUAAGAGCUUGCAGAAUACUGCAGAUACUCAAGGAUACGAUAUGGGUGAUGAUGAAAAUAUUCACAGGCUAAAAUUGAAGCAUACGAAAUCAAGAGAAGAAAUUGCUGAAUUAGAAUCUUCAAAUUUUGAAAGCAUUCUCCUCUCUCUUGGCCAAGCUAUCACUGACUCCACUUUCAACAGCCUUAAUACAAGUGAUGACUACUGCUUGUUUCUCAAUAAUAUGGAGACUCUAAGGAGAAGAAUAGACAGCACAGAUACAGAUGUCAGUGAAGAAAUAUUCUCCCCGCCUCAGCUUCAUCAGUCUUUAUCAAGAUCCAUUACCUACAACAGCGAGAUGAGAGAAAUCCUGUUGAACAACUAUAUGGAGAUUGUAGAACUUAAAGAGAAAAUAAAUGAGACCACCUUCGACUCUAUUCUAAACUAAUUUCGCUCUAAUUUCAUGACAA